CUCGUAAUGAUAUAUUGUUUGUGAUGUGUUGAAAUUAUAUAUUCGUUAGGAGAUAACAGAAAUAAAUUUUAUAAUAAAGUGGUUUGCAUUUUUUAACAUUUAAAACGAAUAUACAAUUACGUAAAUUAGAAUCUUUACUACGUUUUUAGUCGAGAGGUGUUUGGUUUUCGUUGUGAUAGAAAACCGUAUGGGUCAACCACACAAUCUUCACCUCCUGAUGGCCGUUUUAAAUUAGUAGUAGAGGGUAUCGAAGACGCAUACAUACCAAAUCAACUUUACACGGUAAAAAUAACCGAAACGGAUGACGAAUCUAGAUUUAUUGGCUUCAUGAUAUCAGCGGAAGGAGAUAUAAAGCCAGAUCCUAACAACCCAAGAAGGAUGGUAGCUCUAUACCCAGGGGACCUGAGACCUCAGAGUACUUUCACGGCAAAAUUCAGUGAUCGUUGCUUAUAUUCUGUGGAACAUACUAUGGCUUCCCCAAAAUCUUUUGUUGAGGUAUAUUGGCAAGCUCCACCAUCUGGUAAUGGCUGUGUGACACUACGGGCGAUGGUGGUUGAACAUGAAGACGUAUGGUUCGAAGAUGGUUCACCGUUAUCUCAGAGACUGUGUGAAGAUUUGCGUCAACCAGAUGACGUUACCCCGCAGCUAAAUUAUGAUUGCGACAUAUGUGAUGAUGCAAAAUAUGAGGUAACUUUCAUUGGUAUGUGGUCACGACACACACAUCCGCGAUUGUAUCCAGAGAAUGACUGGGUACCUCGAUAUAGUGACUUGGUGGGAGCUUCACAUGCUACUGAUUACAUAAUAUGGGCUCCUGGAACUUUGGCCACUGACGGCUUAAGAGAUUUUGCUGAACAUGCUAAUGGUAGUAAAUUAGAAGGUGAAAUCAGAGAAAAGAUUGGCAAUGGCGUUCGAACUCUCAUCAAAGGCAAAGGUCAUGGUUAUCGUAAAAUGUCUAAUCCAACCUAUGCUUUUUUUCGAACUGAUAAGACAAACCAUAUUUUCACGGUUGCUGUUGCAAUCCAUCCGUCUCCAGAUUGGUUUCUAGGAGUCACAAGAUUUGAACUCUGCCAAGAAGAUAAAACUUGGUUACAAGAAAGGGAACUAAAUUUAUAUCCAUGGGACGCUGGUACAGACAGCGGAAUUUCUUACGAAUCCCCAAAGAUGGAAACGCUUCCACAAGAUGCUGUGGGAAGAGUCCAAAUGAGUUCCUAUGACAAAAAUUCACCAUUCUUUGAAACUGAUAUGAAAGAUCUUCAUCCUUUUGGUAAACUUCGUAUAAAAUUGAUUAGAACAUAUCAUAGGGAGUGCGAAGAGGAGGAAACGACUAAGGAACCGGAAGCUUCAACUGUAGAAUCUAUAACUACAGAAGAAGGAGAGGAAACUGGUGAAAGUGAAGAUAAACAAGGCGAGCCUGACAAUCCAUCCAGGUACCAAAACACAGAUCUAGCUAGCAGCCGUCGGGGCGAAGCCCCUAUAGUAACAGACCCUGAGUCGUCAGAAGAGUGCCCGAUGUCACAAUGGCAAGAAUGGAGUCCUUGUGAUGGUGUUUGUGAUAAUGGUAAAGUAGUGGGAUAUAAAUGGCGAGAACGGUACCAUCUUGUAGACGGUGUCGCGGUUGAGAAAUACGAUCCAAAUAUGGAUCCGUCUACUAUUAAAGAAGUAUCACGAGUUUGCAAGAACCAUUACGAUGACUUUGAGAGAACCGAGUGUGAGGACGAUUGCUUUGAAACUGAGGAUGACAAUGACUUAACUGUCGAAAGAAGAGUUAUGUCGCCAGUCGCCCCAGGAUUUGGGUGGAAAUCCAAAAGAUACCUACUGAAACGAAUAUCUCUGUAGACUGUAGUGAUCCUACAGUUUGUGGUAUAUAAUAUGACAUGUAACGAAAUAUGAACAAAAAAAUAA